UUAUUGGCUGUAGUUCCUGAGAAAUCACAAGAGGAAGCUAAAAUUCUUCAGAUCCACAAUCAACUGCCCUGAACACAUCCUACAAAAGGUCCAGAGGGAGGUAAUAUGAAUGAAACAAUUUUGGGGAUUUUAAUUAAAUGACAAGUAAAAUAUUUGAAGAUAUAGAGCAUCUAUGCAUCAACCUUAGUAAGAAGAGAGACAGGAGAGCCAUGGAUUAUUACAGAAAAUAUGCAGCUGUCAUUCUGGUUACAUUGUCUGUGUUUCUGCAUAUUCUCCAUUCCUUUCCUGAUGGGGAGUUUGCAAUGCAGGGUUGCCCAGAAUGCAAGCUAAAGGAAAACAAAUACUUCUCCAAGCUGGGUGCCCCAAUUUAUCAGUGCAUGGGCUGCUGCUUCUCUAGAGCGUAUCCUACCCCAGCCAGGUCCAAGAAGACAAUGUUGGUCCCAAAGAACAUCACCUCAGAAGCCACAUGCUGUGUGGCCAAAACGUUUACCAAGGCCACAGUAAUGGGAAAUGCCAAAGUGGAGAACCACACGGAGUGCCACUGCAGUACUUGUUAUUAUCACAAAUCUUAAAUAUUUCACAAAGCGCUGUGUCAAUGACUGCUGAUUUCCUGGAAUGGAAGAUUAAUUUGUUCAGUGUUUAUGGCCUCGUGAGACACAACCCUGCUUUUUCCCUACCAUACUACUUUUGACAUGCUUCAAGGAUACAUCGCAGCUUUACUGCCUUUCUCUUUAUCCUCCAGUAUAAUCAGCAGUCUAGCUCUUUUCAUUUGGAAUAAAAUACAGCAUUUAGCUGGUUCCACUGGCAAUAAAAUCUUUUAAAUCAUCA